AUGCGUAUCACGCCCGAGGAGUCGCAUCAAAUCGCUGUCUACGCCGGCCAGGGGGAGGUGGCCAAAAUGACAGCCGCAAUCAAGCACUUGGCCGAACGGGAAGGCGUGUCCCCGGCCCAAGUCCUGUUCGGCUGCAAAGACGACUUCCAGCAGACAGCGGCCCACACCGCCGCCAAGGGAGGACAAACACGCUCCAUCGAAGCUCUGGCCGAGCUGCUCGGCAGCCGGGAGCACCGGGCCACAUACUUCAACAUAGCGAACAGAUUCUCGGGCGAUCGGCCGGUGCAUUCUGCGAUGCGGCACGGCUUCUUGGACGUCUUGAAGGUGCUGGUGGCCAACGGGGCGGACCCGACGGCCAAGAAUCGCUUCGGGGACACGGUGGCCGACUACGCGGGCGAUUUCGAACCGGAGGAGGUGCAGCGGGUCAUUGACGAGUAUAGGAGAAGCCAGGUUGCUACGGGACAGGGUAACUGA